GGUAGGGAGUGUCUUUAGGGAAUGACACUUCUAGCUAGGAUUCCCCAAAUUCUCUUCUAGUGUCUUGAGGAUUUGGGGUCUGAAAAGCCAAGCUAUACUCGGAAACUGUCCCAAUCCCACAGGAGGAAGAGAGGGAAACUUUUCUCCCGUCCCCAGCUAGCAAAGCUAGGCCCGCUACUCUACCCUACUCUUGCUUUCCCUGCGGCCGUCUUUCUCCCCCUCCUCCGUACUCCCCCGCAGUUCCCCCCUCCUUUUCUGCAGGAGGCGGGCAGGUCCAGGCGGAUUAAACACACAGAGCCACAGUCCCGGCCACCUCUCUUCCGCCCUGUCUUGGCGGGCCAUUCCCUCUUUCUUGGUCCCUCUCUCUGUCAGCCUCCGCCUUCCUCUUUCCCUCCUCUCCCUUCUUCCUGAGCUACAGCCACCCGACGGGAGCCCGCCAGCUCCUGGAAGAGGCGGCUGGCCGGCGGGACUGACAGCUGGCUCCUGGCGGAGCUUUGCAGGGCGGAGGGGAGUUGGGCUGGGUGUUCGGAGACUGCCCCGCGGAGGGCGCCCUAGGAUCGCGCCGAAGGGGCAUGAAGUUGUUCGCUGGGGAGAGCCAGACAACGGGAGGUGCGGGGGAAUCCAGAGCCGCCUAGGUCUAGAGACUCCUCAGUUCAGUGCGCCAUGCGGCUCCAGGGGCCCGGAGGGUCGACGCUGCUGCUGCUGCUGAGGAGACUGAUGCUCCUGGGAGUUUUUCUGCUGCCCGCAUCUGGCCAUGUGGAGACUCGAGCCCAUGCUGAGGAAAGACUGCUGAAGAAACUAUUCUCUGGCUACAACAAGUGGUCACGGCCUGUGGCCAACAUCUCUGAUGUGGUCAUUGUCCGGUUUGGAUUGUCCAUUGCUCAGCUCAUUGACGUGGAUGAAAAGAAUCAAAUGAUGACCACUAAUGUGUGGGUGAAGCAGGAAUGGCAAGAUUACAAGCUUCGCUGGGACCCAAUGGACUAUGAAAAUGUGACCUCAAUCCGUAUCCCCUCAGAGCUCAUUUGGAGACCUGACAUUGUUCUCUACAACAAUGCUGAUGGUGAUUUUGCUGUAACCCACCUGACCAAAGCUCAUCUCUUCUAUGAUGGAAGGAUCAAAUGGACACCCCCUGCCAUCUAUAAGAGCUCCUGCAGCAUUGAUGUCACAUUUUUCCCCUUUGACCAGCAAAACUGUACCAUGAAGUUUGGUUCCUGGACUUAUGACAAAGCAAAGAUUGACUUGGUGAGCAUGCACAGCCAUGUGGACCAGUUGGAUUACUGGGAGAGUGGCGAGUGGGUCAUCAUCAAUGCUGUUGGAAACUAUAACAUUAAGAAAUAUGAGUGUUGUACUGAAAUUUACCCAGACAUCACCUACUCCUUCAUCAUUCGUAGACUCCCCCUGUUUUACACCAUCAACCUCAUUAUCCCCUGCCUUCUUAUUUCCUGUUUGACCGUCUUGGUUUUCUACCUGCCCUCAGACUGUGGGGAGAAGAUCACAUUAUGCAUUUCCGUGCUAUUAUCCUUGACUGUGUUUCUACUUCUUAUCACUGAGAUCAUCCCAUCCACAUCAUUGGUCAUUCCCCUGAUUGGGGAGUAUUUGCUCUUCACUAUGAUCUUUGUGACAUUGUCCAUCAUCAUUACAGUCUUUGUGCUCAAUGUCCACCAUCGCUCACCUCGCACACACACCAUGCCUGCAUGGGUCCGAAGGGUAUUCCUGGAUAUCAUCCCCCGCUUGCUCUUCAUGAAACGUCCUGGUGUGGUGAAGGACAACUGCAGGAAGCUGGUUGAGUCCAUGCACAAACUUGCUGGAGGUCCAAGGUUCUGGCCACAGCCGGAGCCCAAUUUUGUUACCUCAUCUUCCACCAGCCCCCAGAGCCCAGACCGGUCACCCUCAGCUUCAUUCUGUGUCCAUCUGGAGGAUCCAGUCAAAUCUCAACCUGUUUGCAAGUCUCCCUCAGGUCAGUAUACUGUGCUGCAGCAUCCUGAACCUGGAAAGCCCAGUCCCUGCUCUUCACCCAUUCCCCAACCUCCUCCAAAUAAUACCCAUCCCUCUGGCUUCUCCAAAGUCAGAUCUCUAAGCGUGCAACAAAUGUACAGCUCCAGCAAAGUGGAGGAAGGAGGCAUCCGUUGCAGGUCAAGGAGCAUUCAGUAUUGUUCUCUCCAAGAGGAUUCUUCCCAGGCAAACAAUGGACAGUCUGCCAGCUCCCCUGCCUCUUUGAGGAGCAACAAAGAUGAAGUCCAACCCCAGGAGAAGACCUCCCCAUGCAAGUGUCAAUGCAAGAAAGUCAAAGGUGUACCUGUCUCAGAUCCAAUGACCAAACCACGUAGUACCAAAGAACAGCAUGCCCUGCCCAUGUCACCAGCCUUGAAACUUGCAGUAGAGGGAGUCCAAUAUAUUGCAGACCAUUUGAAGGCAGAAGACACAGAUUUUUCGGUGAAAGAAGACUGGAAGUACGUUGCCAUGGUCAUAGACAGGAUCUUUCUGUGGAUGUUUGUCAUUGUCUGCUUGCUAGGAACCGUGGGACUCUUCCUCCCACCUUGGCUGGCUGGAAUGAUCUAAUAGAAUGAGAAAACAUUUAGAAUACAUUUGGAAUUUUCAUCUACCUGGAGGGAGAGAGUAAGAUGGAAACUCUCUCUAUGAAUUAUUCAUCACAUAUCUGCGCAUGACUCAUUACUGAGAGCUCUGGAAAUCUUCAGAGAUCACAUCAUAUCCCAAGUUAUCCCCAUUUUCUGUAUCCAUUUUGAAGCAGUCUUGGAAAUAGUCAGUGACUAGCCUAUUUGUCUGGAGGAGAAGAUUUUGGUUUGUACUGAUUCCGUUCAUACCCCCAAUUAAUCUUACCUCCUUGGCUAGUAAAAAGUAUGUGGAGUGUGGAUGGUUUUAUCUUUAUUUGCAAGACUAUUUUAAUGGAAAAAAUCUUAUUAAAGAUCAUCUUCAGCAUGAUGAUCAUCAUCAAUAUCCCAGUAUAUGAAUAGAUAUUGUUGCAAGUUGUGGGCAAAGAUAUGACCCUUAAAUAGAACAGAAAUAUUAUGGCGUUCAACCCAUGACCCAACUGAAACUCAACGUACGUUGAAGACCCCAUUGGAGAAUGGUGACAAGAUGAUUUGGUUGUAUGUCUUUAUCUAAGUCAUUCUGUCAGUAAAUAAACUCUCUACUGGUCUUUUGGGGUGUAGUAUGAGGCCAACUGUGAAGUGAAGGAGAAUAGAAAAGCUUCAACAUGACUUAGGGAUGUUCAGUAGCAUAGACUAAAUUUUAAUAUGUUUAGCUUCUGAUAAGAAGCUGCUGAAGUGAGUCAGGUGUCCCAGGUCCAAAAAAUCCUUGAUUCUAUUCCUUAGCAUAUAAGUGACUCCAUGGACUUAUCUGUCUGAUGAAGGGGAACUAUUGUGUAAACCAAACCUCAAUCUGAAGAAAAAAAUGUUAGAGGUUUCACCUAUUUCUUAUUUAAAUCUGGUCUUUGUUGGGUCUAGGAGGUCCUGAAAGGUGAUGUAGAUGCUAUAUCUAAACUAUGAAAUUAAGAGAACCCUUUCCCUCCAUCCUCCCUUUACUUGGCCUAGAGCUUAUGUCUGUUUCUUUUACGUCCUGAAGGAACCCAGCCUCCAAAAAGGCAGAAGGCAUGUUAUCUACUUUUUUAAUCUUCUUCAGCACUUCUGUGCAUAGUUCUUCAUACAUGCAAAUAUAAUCUGUAAUUUCCUCAGUGUAAGGAAACAGAUUGUGACCUGUAUUAUGAUAAGUUCUAGGAUUUUGUCUGAAGCACAAGGACAUUAAAUGACCUGCUCAGGCUUACAAAGAAAGGAUUUGAAUCCAGGUUUACUCCAAGUUCUACAUUUUACCUGCUAUACUAUGCCAUCUACGGUAGGCUCUUAAUAAAGGUAUGUUUAAAAAAUGGCUUUCCCAAAUUAUAGAUCCUUCAGGAUGGACAAUGUUCUUUCCUCUAUGAAUAAUAAAUUAAAUAUUACUUCACAUUUAUAGAAACUAUUGAGGAUCUGGUAUAUUAGAAAAUAGAAGCUAACCCAAUAAAGGAAAGAUCUGAAGCAGAGAUUUCAUACUUCAUCAAGAAUAAAUCUCAGCUACUUAUAAAUGACAUACCCUCUGGCA